AUCCCCUUCAAACACACCAACCUUUUUUCACAGCUUCUCGAGAUUUUCUCACCUUCCAUUUUGAUGAAAUCUCUUUUCAUCAAAUUCCUCAAAUUUGACUAGUCUUUGCAAGAACAAAUUACAAAACUAUGAAGAAGUACUUGUCUCCUGGAGCCCGCACAAGUUUCCUGCUUGGGAUUUUCUUCAUGUUAAUUGUGAUGGGCAGAAGCCUACGUGCGAGGCCUCACCUCCCUUUAAACCUUCAAGCAGAAAUCGUUACCGGUAACAGAGUCAAAGUUCGAAUGCACCUUGAGGAAGGAGCAAAGAAAGAAGAGAACAUGGAGCUAUACCCAUUUGGGUCGAGCUUGCCGGACUGUUCACAUGCUUGUGGACCAUGCUUUCCAUGCAAAAGAGUGAUGGUGAGCUUCAAGUGCUCCGUUUCAGAGUCUUGCCCAAUUGUCUACAGGUGCACCUGUAGAGGAAAGUACUACCAUGUACCCUCUAAUUGAUGAAUAUUACUUCAUCCACCACCAUGCUACACUGGCCUCUCUGGUUUUCCUCUUAAUUAAUUAUGUGGGGAUUAAUUAAUUUCUAGGCUUUAUAUGGAUGUUAAUUAACUGACCGUGAGACUGGACUUUUCUUGAUCCUAAUUUUGUUUAGUUAGAUUCGGGAUUUGUAGUUUAGAUGGGAAGAAGAAAAGUUGUGGGGGAGAGUUUAUUUGUAUAUGGGCAUAUCACAAGUUUCUUGUUUUUUGGGACCCUUUUUUUUUCAAGUUU